CCCGGCAGUCGCCGCCUGUCGGGUCCCGCGGGCAGCAGUGCCCGCCGCCUCGCCCGCCGCCGCGCCGCGCCGCGCCCGCCACCGCCGCCGCCGGGGGAGCCGGGGCACGCCGCAGGCGCCGCGCGGCGAUGCGGGGCCGCGGCGGCGCCGAGCCCUGACUAAAGAUGGCCGCGCUGCCCGGUGGGAACAUGGCGGGGGGCGGCCGGGGGGCGCGGGUGGUGCUGCUGCUGCUGCUCGGCGGUUGCCUGGGCUGGCGGCCCCCAGCCGCCGCCGCCGCCGCGCCGUCCGCCGCCGCCGCCGUCGUCCCCCCCUCGGCGGCGGCGGCGGAGGAGACGGUGAUCAUCGGCCUGCGGCUGGAGGACACGGACGACGUCUCCUUCAUGGAGGGGGGCGCGCUGCGGGUGAGCGAGCGGACGCGGGUGAAGCUGCGGGUCUACGGGCAGAACAUCAAUAACGAGACCUGGUCACGCAUCGCCUUCACGGAGCACGAGCGGCGGCGGGGCGGGCGGGCGGCGGCGGGGGCGGUGGGGCGCGGCGGGGGCGGCGGCGGCGGGGCGGCGGGCGGCGGCGGCGCCCCGCAGCGCUGCGGCAUCCGCACCUCGGACAUCAUCAUCCUACCGCACAUCGUGCUCAACCGCCGCACCUCGGGCAUCAUCGAGAUCGAGAUCAAGCCCCUGCGCAAGACGGAGAAGAGCAAGUCCUACUACCUGUGCACCUCUGUCUCGGCCCCCGCCGCCGCUGCACUGGGGCCCGGGGCCACCGGAGGGCUGGCAGGCGCUGAGGGGCCGGCUGGGCCCCCGCCCUGGGGCGAGACCACCUGGAUCUACCACGAUGGUGAGGACACCAAGAUGAUCGUUGGUGAGGAAAAGAAGUUCCUGCUGCCCUUCUGGCUGCAGGUCAUCUUCAUCUCGCUCCUUCUCUGCCUCUCGGGCAUGUUCAGCGGCCUCAACCUGGGCCUCAUGGCCCUGGACCCCAUGGAGCUGCGCAUCGUGCAGAACUGUGGCACGGACAAAGAGAAGAACUAUGCCAAGCGCAUCGAGCCCGUGCGGCGCCAGGGCAACUACCUGCUCUGCUCCCUCCUGCUGGGCAACGUCCUGGUCAACACCACGCUUACCAUCCUGCUGGACGAUAUAGCUGGCUCCGGGCUGGUGGCUGUGGUGGUCUCCACCAUCGGUAUCGUCAUCUUCGGCGAGAUCGUGCCACAGGCCAUUUGCUCUCGGCACGGCCUGGCCGUGGGCGCCAACACCAUCUUCCUCACCAAGUUUUUCAUGAUGAUGACCUUCCCGGCCUCCUACCCCGUCAGCAAGUUGCUGGACUGUGUCCUGGGCCAGGAGAUCGGCACGGUCUAUAACCGUGAGAAGUUGCUGGAGAUGCUGCGGGUCACCGACCCUUAUAAUGAUCUAGUCAAGGAGGAGCUCAACAUUAUUCAAGGAGCCCUGGAGCUGCGCACCAAGACGGUGGAGGAUGUGAUGACUCCCCUCCGAGACUGCUUCAUGAUUGCUGCCGAGGCUGUGCUCGACUUCAACACUAUGUCCGAGAUCAUGGAGAGCGGUUAUACCCGCAUCCCCGUUUUUGAGGGUGACCGCUCCAACAUUGUGGACCUGCUCUUUGUUAAGGACCUGGCUUUUGUGGACCCCGAUGACUGCACGCCGCUCAAGACCAUCACCCGCUUCUACAACCACCCGCUGCACUUCGUUUUCAACGACACCAAGCUCGAUGCCAUGCUGGAGGAGUUCAAAAAAGGCAAGUCUCACCUGGCUAUAGUACAAAGAGUAAACAAUGAAGGAGAAGGGGAUCCUUUUUAUGAAGUCCUGGGAAUUGUCACUUUAGAAGAUGUGAUUGAAGAGAUCAUCAAGUCUGAAAUUCUGGAUGAAACAGAUCUAUACACUGAUAACAAGACGAAAAAGAAAGUAGCUCAUCGGGACAGGAAGCAGGACUUCUCUGCCUUCAAGCAGACAGACAGCGAGAUGAAGGUUAAAAUAUCACCGCAGCUCCUCCUGGCAAUGCACCGGUUCCUGGCAACAGAAGUAGAAGCAUUUGGUCCAUCCCAGAUGUCAGAGAAGAUCCUUCUCAGGCUGCUAAAACAUCCCAACGUCAUCCAGGAGCUGAAAUACGACGAGAAGAACAAGAAAGCCCCAGAACACUACCUCUACCAGCGAAACAAGCCCGUCGACUACUUUGUUCUCAUUUUACAGGGGAAAGUGGAAGUGGAGGCUGGGAAAGAGGGGAUGAAGUUUGAAGCUGGUGCUUUUUCCUACUAUGGGGUGAUGGCCCUCACAGCAUCGCCAGUUCCCUUGUCCCUGUCUCGUACCUUUGUUGUCAGCAGAACAGAAUUGUUAGCAGCAGGUUCUCCAGCUGAAAACAAGUCUCCACCUCGGCCCUGCGGCUUGAAUCACUCAGACUCUUUAAACCGAAGUGAUCGCAUCGAUGCAGUGACACCAACGUUAGGGAGCAGCAACAACCAGCUGAACGCAUCUUUCCUGCAAGUGUAUGUUCCGGACUACUCAGUGAAAGCACUCACAGACAUUCAGUUUGUCAAGAUCUCAAGACAGCAGUACCAAAAUGCCCUGAUGGCAUCCCGGAUGGACAAAACACCUCAGUCCUCGGACAGUGAAAACACUAAAAUCGAACUGACUCUUACGGAGCUGCAUGACGGUUUGCCGGACGAGACAGCAAACCUGCUGAAUGAACAGAACUGUGUGACUCACAACAAGCCCAACCACAGUAUGCACAGUGAAGGAGCCAUCUAGGAGCUGACUCCCCACAACCCACCCAUCCCAUCUCCUCAGCAGGACCAGCCCUCGCUCCUUCCUGCCUCCUCCCCGAGCGUGAACACCGUUAGUACGUGCUUGCAACACUGUGCUGCAUCCAGUGUUCUGAGACCAAAGACUUUUGCGUCCAUUCUGGGAGCAGAAGAGGAAGAAACAGGAAGAAAGGAGCAAAGAGCAAGAGAGACUAAAGCCCCAAGCAUACUUUGGGAAUGGUGAGCCACCCUUGAGAACGAUGAAAAUACUUCUUGCAAAGUAGAAUCAUGUUUAUUUUUUAUCUGUAUUUUUGAUCCUUGUUGGGUUUUUCCUCCUCAAACACAUAUGGAGAAGUUUAAAAGCUCCUCCAGUUAUUUUUUCAAGAGAGAUCAUGUUUUUAAAAAGUAUUUUGCAGAGUUUUAAAUUGUUUCUGUUCCUCCCAAACCUCAAAUGGGCUCUGUCGUGGUUUUGUGAAUUGGCUCCAAUGUCCUUAGGCCUCUUUUCACCCCUCUCUGGUCCUUUUUGUUGCCCUGUUGAAGAGGUUAGUAACUGGUACUUGUAUGUUAUUUGUGUCAUAAGAGUGAGCAAGCUUCAAGGAACCUCUGGUUUCAGCCACCUGGAGGGCCAAGGGAUGAGUAUUAUUAUGUUCUUCCAGUUAAGUUUCAGGGAAGGAGUUGUUACUUUGGUAUUUAAUGAUCUCUCAAAUUUCAGAAGGUUUCUUUGUAAAACAGGCAAAAGCAUUGUUACACUUACAGUUUUGUAACCUCCAAAAACUUUGUGUAUGUUGAAGAUGAUACUGGGGGGGGGGAAGGAGUUAAUUAGCAAAACUGCAGUCUCAUGAAGUGAAAGCCGGGCAUAAUUUUCCAUAGUGAAGUAACUGGGUGAUUUUUUAUUGAUGUUCCUGACAAUUGCAUGGUGAAGUAAUGUGUGCACCCCAAAAUGACAAGCUUUUAAGUGCUCACAUGCUGUAGCAGUCUGCGCACCAUUACCUUGGCCAGAGCAGAUGUGCAAUCUUUGCUAAAUAACAAAGAACAUCAGUCCCUGUCCCCCCUUCAAUCUCUAGUAUUAACACAAAAGAUGCUGCUACAAUUACGCCCAAAGUACAUCCUCCAGGUGACAGUAAACCUCUGCCAGUGCAAGGAUGGGCUCUGCUGGGGAGUUGGGACCAUCCUCUCCUCUCCAAGAACUGACAAAACUUUCCAGACGCGAGUGUAUUGCACUUCAGGGAUUCGGAGAGGUUCAUUUCCAGGCUGUUCCCAGCCACAUUCUUUCCUUUGAGUGGAUUCAGUGCAUUUCCUUCUCUCUUGCCCGUUUUAACAGCCAUUUUAGGGAUUACCAUGGUAGCAGAGCAGAGAGCCUCCCACCCAGCUGCUGCCAGUGCAGGGCACCCUGCAUUGGGCAGCAGAAACCAAUUCCUCCACCCCAAAAACCUGAAUGCAGACUGGGUGCAAGCAAGAGGCACCCCGUGACAGUUGUGCAUCACACAUUCCCCACUCCCACAGAUGGAGUCUGAGUCCUCAAAUGAAAAAAAUAAAAA